UCUCUCUCUCUCUCUCUCACACACACACAUACACAUGCAGAGUCAGAGGAAGUGAGAAAUACUGCAGCAGUUUAUAAUUUUUAGAUCCGUUACCGAGGGAUGACAGAACUUUUGGAGUGUGAAAGUUUCCGUACAAUGUGAGAAAACCAUGAAGGCAAAGCUGGGAUUCAUCUGGGAUGCUGCCCGAGUGUUUACUGCACUUUGGUCUGUGUUCAGCGUUCACACGGUUUUGCUGGUCUACGGUCAGGAAGGUGAUGGGUGUGGACACACAAGCCUGAGUCCCAUGAGUGGCACCGUGGCCUCACGGAACUACCCCGGCACUUACCCCAACCACACGCAGUGCGUGUGGAGCCUGAACGUGCCGACAAGAUACACAUUGCACCUUACCUUUGGGGAUUUUGACCUGGAGUGGAGCAAGGACUGCAAAGCUGGCUCUCUUACCAUCACCGACAAAAAUAAAGGCAUCAACUUGGGACCUCUGUGUGGGCAGCUGGCUGCCUCAGACAAAAACAUGUUGGUGAACAGUAGCGAAGUGACAGUACACUUUGUGUCCAGCACUCACCGGUCCGGACGAGGCUUCCUGCUGUCCUACUCAACCAACCAACACCCAGACCUCAUAUCAUGUCUUCACAGAGGAAGCCACUUCACCUCCCAGCAGAUCAGUGUGUUUUGUCCUGGGGGCUGCAAGGAUGUGGCAGGGGAAAUCUGGGGUCAGCAUGGGCAAGGCUACAGAGAUACAUCCGUGCUGUGCAAAGCUGCAGUCCAUGCGGGGGUCAUAUCAGACAGCCUGGGAGGCAUAAUUAAUGUGACCCAGCAGAGAGGCAUCACACUGUAUGAAUCAAGUUUUGCUAAUGGAGUUCUGUCCAGAACAGGGUCAUUGUCAGAUAAGAGACUAGUCUUCCUCAAAGCAUGUGACAGCCUGUUAGCAGUUAUGCCCUUUAAUGCAUCCUCCAUGUCGGUGGAUGUGGACAGACUGAACUGGAUUCCAGAAAAUGGGGAUUCGAGAGGCCAGUUUGUAAAGUGGCACACCAGCACUGAGGAUCAGCAGCCAUGGCUAGAGCUGGAGCUCUUUAAUCGGAGCAGCAUCACAGGAAUAAUAACAGAGGGACUGUCAAACUAUUUCAUUGAGACUUACACAAUCAAGUAUAGCAAAGACCACAAAACAUGGAAAAUAUACAAGGAAGCAACCAGCAAAGAGAAAAAGGUAUUUGAAGCCUCUUCUGAUGGCCACACGAUAGCUCUCAACAGCCUGUUUCCCCCAAUAACAGCCCGUUACCUCCAGAUCUGGCCCCAGAGAUGGCACGGCAGAGUCUCUGUACAGAUGCAAGUGCUUGGCUGUCCAUUAUCUGGGUUUCGACCCCGAUCCAAUGCAGGUGGAUCCAGCGUGGUGAAGCCAGUUCCCACAGAAACCAUGCUGCUGAAUGAGUUCUCCACCGAGAGUCCUGUGGUCAUAAGCUCAAGCCAAACUUCCAUCCAUCCAGUGAUAUUGGUGGUGGGUGUGGUUCUAGGUGUGGCACUGUGUGUGUGGUGUCUGUUGGCAGGAAUGUUGUGGAGGAGAAGGAAAAAGGGUGAGCACAUGAAGAAGUGUUGCCUUGACACAGGCUGUCAGGAUGUCCAUGGGAAAAAACUGCCGUAUACAGAAUCAGAGCUUGUGUCCUGCCCUCUGGCUAGGAGCAUCCAUGACAGCCUGCCUAACCCUCCUCUCAAUGACUAUGCUGAGCCUGAUGUUCUCGCAGGUGGACAGAAAGUGGGUGUCACCUUCCGACCACCUCUGGAUGAGGGCUACACUGUUCCCUUUUCCAUUAACCAUUAUGACACACCAAAUCAACUUCCUGAAUACGCCGAGCCCCUGCGGCUCGAGCCAGAAUACGCCACACCAUUCAACGAGCCAGUCCUCAAUCCCUCCAUCAUCACACAUCUAAAGACUCUGCAGAACCUCUCUCACCUUCACACAGCUCCUAGUGCUUUACAAUAUGAUUGCCCUGCUCACCGACGCCUUUCCAACGGAUAUUGCAUUCCUUUAAUCAAUUGCACAGCAAACUACACACAGCCCCAGCCUGUAGAUUCGGUAGUUCAGCAUACGUAUCAUGAGCCCCUGUGAGCGCUGAACACUCAGCUGUAAAUCUUAUCAGUGAAGGUCAUGUUUGCAGUUUUCAGCUGUAAAUUUUAAACGUUUCCAGGCUACUGUGAGACAUAAAUAAAUCCACUGUUGGCUCCUGUGAGAUGCAGAUAUAGUCAGUUGGACCACGCACAAGUAUAUACUGUAUUUAUUAUUAUUGUUAUCAUUUAGAAAUGAACAAAAUAAAUCUUCUUUUUUUUUUAUACAACUUUGUUAGAUGGAGGUGCACAGUGACCCAGUCUAUGGAUUCAUUUCUCCUUCAUUCCUACCACAAGCACCUCUCUAUAAUGCCUUAUAGUUUAUUAAUGACUAUGAGGGUAUAAGAGACAUAGCUGCAGAGGAAUACAGUCAGUGCCAUGCGCUGUAACUACAGUUUUUACUUGUUAUGGAUUUUUGGUCAGUUUUAAACCUAUAAUGUAUCUAUAUAUUUGAUUAAUUCAGCCUGAAAAAGCAGCAUUGUAUAUCCAAAGCACCUUUAAUGAUAUGUUAAAAUGAUAAAUUCUAUAACAGUGAACUAGAUUUUUGAAUUAUGGGUGCAGUACCACUGUAUUUGUUAUUGAUUAAUGACUGUUUUAUAUGAAAUUAAGGAUUUGGAUUCUAUGAUGGACCACUGACCUUUUUUGUGUAUUUAUAUGAGUGAUUUUUUAAAUAGAGGCUAAUAUUAAUAUACAGAAAGUGCAUACUGUAUGUGCUUAUGGUACACCAGUAUGCUGAGGUACAAAGCAGCUGUUUUAUUGUUGAAAAAAUAAAGUUAUAGUACUUUUUUAUAGAAAA